AUGCCGUCGGCUCUCUUUGACAUGCCGUUGUGGCAGGCGCUGCUAAACUCCACCCUCACCCACAAUCAAAGCAACAGUAGUCUGUUCCUGCUUGACGUCCCCUGCUGGCAAUCCAGCACCAUGACACUCACACUAGUGCUAUGCUACUGCCUGGUGCUUAUUUUGGGCUUGCUCGGUAACAUCCUCCUCAUUUGCAUUAUUAUGCACCAGCGGGACCCUCCUAACGUCACUAGCAUCCUCAUUGCCAACCUGUCGGUCUCUGACAUCCUAGUGAGUGUGUUCUGCCUUCCCUUCACUGUGGUUUACACACUCAUGGACCACUGGAUUUUUGGUGCGCUGCUAUGUCGCCUGAUGCCAUUUGUGCAGUGUGUGUCUGUCACAGUUUCGGUUCUGUCCCUAGUUUUGAUUGCACUUGAAAGGCAUCAGCUCAUCCUGCACCCGUCUGGCUGGAAGCCGAGCGUCCCACAGGCAUACAUUGCCGUUUUGACUGUGUGGCUGUUGGCCUGUGUAACAUCAUUACCGUUCCUGGCGUUCCACUUGCUCACCAGCGAGCCAUACAGUUUGUUUCCAGCGCCGCUCAGUCAGCUGCAGGUCUGUCUGGAAGUUUGGCCUUCUCAAGAGCACAAACUUGCCUACACCACCAGCUUGUUGCUAUUCCAGUACUGCUGUCCUCUGCUCCUCAUGCUACUUUGCUACCUUCGCAUCUUCCUCCGGCUGCAGCGAAGAGAACGCAUGCUGGAGCGCCAGUGCAGCCGCAACAGAGAGGAUGAACACAGGCGUGUGAUGCACAGUAAACGCAUAAACGUCAUGCUUGCCACUUUGGUAGCUGCGUUUGCUGUGUGCUGGCUGCCUUUAAAUGCCUUCAAUGUGGUGGCAGACUGGCACCAGGAGGUGCUGCCCGUGUGCAACCACAAUCUGCUGUUUUCACUCUGCCAUCUGUUAGCCAUGAGCUCCACCUGCGUCAAUCCCAUCAUCUAUGGAUUCCUCAACAGCAACUUCCGCAAGGACGUGGCCUCCGUGGUGUUACACUGCCAUUUUCAGCCACUAGAGGACAGCUACGAACACUUUCCAAUGUCUACAAUGAACACUGAUGUGUCACGGACAUCUUUUAGACUCAGAAACAAUUCUGUGUAA